CGUAAUUCCUUUCCAGCAUGAAUACAUUUGUCCCGGUACCUGGCUUUAAUCCUUCACAGCUUAAGGGCACCACCUUAAUCAUACCCACGGUGUCGAUCGCUAAUGUUCCUCAGCUCACUGUCGAUCUAUAUGUCAGCUCGCUCAAGUUGGAGCGCGUUGGCUUCUUGGAGGACCAUUCCGUCAUGCCAGUUGCUGGCGUUUUUGAAGUGAAUCCUGAUAUGGGUAUUACGGUCGCCCUAGAAGUAUAUCAAACAAAGGAUCGCCAAUUCACAUUUGUCCAGCAACGGACCCCUAUAUUCAAGGGUAAACGCCAAGUGUUUCUCUCCAAUUUGGAGGCGUUUAUAGUCGCCUCAGGGUUUGCAAAGACGUUGAUCAUGACCAGCACAGACGCUUCUCGGCGGGUGGAUGUCCAAAUGACGGGUGUACCCUUCCGUCUAUUUGCACCUGAGGACUCGUUUGUUAGCGAACGUGCAGCUGAGCUCAAUCUCCCUAUGCUCGAAUUAUUACCUGAGGAAGAUGGCGAUCAUCGAGAUCAAAACAAAGGGGACAGUGAUAUUCCAACCAUGCAUGGUUCGGGCGUUGCGAAGAAAUUAUUUGCUAGAUUGAGAUCAAAACACCCUGUAGCCAUCCUCAUCAUGUUUGCCCUUGAAGGAGACAAUCUGCAGGACACCAUACAAUAUGCAAACUGCUUAGACUCGCUUAUGCGUAUCGUUAGCGUCUCACCAGAUUCCAACUUCUCUUGGACUCCCCCAGCUAGCUGGCAAGGACUGUUUGGUGCUCCGUACGAUCCUGAAUUGUACCAGUAAACUAUACAGAGAAAUCAUACUUUGCUUUAUAAUGUCCAUAUAAUAUAGCCUACACCGGUCCUGUUACAUCAACUCUUCUGAGUUCGUCACAAAAAUAAAUUGCAUGUAUCAUUCCUUUUUCUCAUUGUACA